AUGUACGUCUUCAAUGUCUUCUUCGACGUCAACUCCAGCGGCACCAUCGACAAGAAAGAUUUUGAGAUCGCCAUCGAAAGAUUUUGUAAUUUGCGAGGCUGGAGCGGUGACUCGGAAAAAGUAGAGAAAACCCGAUCAUGUCUGCUCAAGGUUUGGGAUGGCUUACAGUCUGGUGCUGACAAAGAUCAGGAUGGUCAGGUGACACAAGAUGAAUGGUGCGCAAUGUGGGACGAAUUCUCUAAAAACCCAAGUGCACCCCAAGAAUGGCAAACACACUAUAUGAAUUUCAUGUUUGAUCUGGUCGACACAUCAGGCGACGGUUCCAUCGACGAGGCGGAAUUUUGCGAAGUUUGCCAAAACAACGGCGUGCCUGCUGCGGAAGCUGCGGACGCGUAUAAACGAUUCUCAAAGGGCGGAACCGUACAAGUCUCUCAUGACGAAUUCGCUAAAUACUGGGUGGAAUUUUUCUCCUCCGAAGAUCAAGCGGCUUUGGGCAACUUCAUUUUUGGCAAAACAUCGUUCAACUAA